CGCCAUGGAUACAUAUCGUAAUAUUACCAUGGAAGAUGGAACGUUUUUGUUUUUUUUUAUUAGCGGUAUGUUUAAUGUUUUUGUUGAUUUGUGAAAACAAAAAGACAUCGUGAUCUUAUAUCUCGGCUUUGCCUUUGUUGUUUAGCCAACUUUAUACCUAUAAGGUCUCAUUUUUUAUUCAAAACACAUUAUAUUAGCCAACAAUACAAAAGAUUGUCCAUCAUGUCAUCAUACAUACGAACAGAUCGUCGUUGUUCUUAUGCAAAUUGUAAAAAUAAUUGUUUUUCUGGUGUAUUUCUUUUUGGUUUCCCUGGAGGUAAAUCAGAGAAAUAUAUUGAAAAGAAAAAAAAGUGGAUCGAAAAUUGUGGAAAUCCGGAAUUGAAAAAAUAUUCAGAUAAAUAUAUCCGCAAUUUAAAAAUUUGUGCUGAUCAUUUUCCACCGUCAGCUUUUGUAUCUGAGUUUAAAGAUAAAUUGAAAACUAAUGCAAUUCCAUUGUUAAAUUAUUCUUCAUCAAAAAAUGAUAGUAAUAGUAAAGCUAGUGAGAAUAAUCCAGUUUCAGAGACAGCUUGCUUCAAUAUAAAAGAAAAAACGUCACAACAUAUUAAUGAUGAAGUAAAAGUAGAUUUGUCAAUUAGCCAGACAAAUAAAAAUCAAAAUGAUGGUAAAGCUGGAUUAAUAACAUUACCUUAUAGUUCGUAUCAUAAUUUACAAAACCGUUGUAAAAUUCUUGAAAAAGAAAAUUCAAUUUUAUCAAAAAAUGUGAAAAAGCUUCUAUCAGUAAUUGACAAAUCUAAUAAAAAUCCCAAAAGACUUAAAACAUAUUCAAAAAAAAGAGACGUGUGAUUUAAUUAAUAAAAUGAACUUAGAUCCUGUGGCAAAAGCAUUGAUUAAAAAAAACAAAU